AAAGCCGGUGAGUCUGGAAACCCGAACGGGGCGACCGCAGUGUGUCAGACCAGGCUUGGACCGUCAAAACCCGCCCGACAUCUCUGCCUGAGACUCGAGCUUUAAAACUCAAGGCUUUGUUUCACUCCGGGACCAGGAGCAGGAUCAGGAUCUGCGUUUUGUGAGAUCUGUCAGCUUCCCCAUUGAUUCUCUCAGGCAACACCCAUGUGAAAAUGGGGUAGUGGUGUCCUUUCAUCAUCUAUUCAAAUAACCUGGAUCGAGCCCAGGGCAACACUUCUCCUGAUGUCAGAAGAUUCAGAUCUCAAACCCUUUCACUUUCCAGUGCUGGAGGAUGAGGACGAAGCCCCAGAGUGCAGCUCCAUGGCAAGGGGGGCCUCAGGGUGCAGCUCCAUGUCACAGCUGCACCGGAUGGGUGGCUACAGCCAAGGCGGGCCUGACCUUGGCCUCCCGUCAGAAGGCAGCGACAGCAGCGGGCACGACCCUUCUGCAUCACCGCACAACCAUCGCAAGAAUGCACGCUCCCGAUCGCUCCGCGAGGAGGACGUGGAAAUGAAGAGCAGUGGGUCCAGUGGGAGUGGUACCGAAUCACACGGCAAUGAAAGCCACGGCAAUGAGAGUCAUGGCAACGAGAGCCACGGGCAUGAGUCAACGGGCAGCUCCAAUGGCAACAGUAAAGAUUCAGCACUUCUUGAGUCCUCUGAAAGCAACAAGAGCUCCAACUCCCACAGUCCAUCUCCCCCCAGCAGCUCAAAUGCCUUCAGUCUGCUGAGCUCGGAGCAGGACAACCCGUCAACCAGCGGCUGCAGUAGUCAAGAGUCCGCCAAAGCCAAGACUCAGAAGGAGGUGAUUAAAACUCUGAAGGAGCUGAAGCUUCACCUGCCCGCUGAGAAGAGACACAAUAACAAGUCGAGCACGUUGAACACCCUCAAGUAUGCGCUGCGCUGUGUUAAGCAGGUGGAAGCCAAUGAGGAGUAUUACCAGCUGCAGAUGAUCAAUGACAGUCAGCCCUCAGGCCUUGAUGUAUCCUCUUACACGAUAGAGGAGAUAGACAGCAUCACUUCUGAAUACACUCUCAAAAACAAUGACAUUUUUGCAGUCGCGGUGUCUCUCAACACGGGAAGGAUAGUCUACAUUUCCGAUCAGGCUGCCUCCAUCCUCAACUGUAAGAGGGAUGUGUUCAAGAACACCAAGUUUGUGGAGUUCCUGACGCCGCAGGACGUCAGUGUGUUCUACAGCUUCACAACGCCUUACCGCCUGCCUUCCUGGAGCAUGUGCACUGGUGCAGAGUCAUCACCAUCUGACUGCAUGCAGGAGAAAUCCUUUUUCUGUCGUAUCAGUGGUGGGAAGGAGUGUGAGGGGAAUCUGAAGUACUAUCCAUUCCGCAUGACUCCCUACCUGAUGAAGGUCCAAGACACUGUGCACGCUGAAGACCAGUUCUGCUGCCUCCUGCUGGCUGAGAGAGUCCACUCUGGUUAUGAUGCACCCAGAAUUCCAACAGACAAACGCAUCUUCACCACCACACACACUCCUAGUUGUGUGUUUCAGGAUGUGGAUGAGAGGGCGGUGCCUCUCCUCGGGUACCUCCCCCAGGACCUGAUUGGCACACCAGUCCUCCUCCACCUGCAUCCCAAUGACCGGCCCACUAUGUUGGGUAUUCACAAAAAGAUCCUUCAGUACGCAGGGCAACCGUUUGACCAUUCGUCCAUCCGGUUCUGUGCGCGAAAUGGCGAAUACAUCAUCCUUGACACCAGUUGGUCCAGUUUCGUUAACCCCUGGAGCCGCAAGGUCUCCUUUGUUAUCGGGAGACACAAAGUGCGCACGGGCCCUGUGAAUGAAGAUGUUUUCGUAACCCCGCCAUCGUCUGUGGCCGAGAUGAAGAACAUGGACUCUGACAUCCAGGAGGUUACUGAGCAGAUCCAUCGGCUCCUGCUACAGCCGGUUCAUAACAGUGGCUCCAGUGGCUACGGCAGCCUGAGCAGAACUGACCACAUUCUGGGCAUGACCUCUUCUAGCGAGAGCCUCGACAACGGCCACGGGAGCAAAAUGCAACAAGUGGCAGAGGAAGUGAGCGACAAAGCCAGACCUCGAACGUUUCAGGAAAUCUGUAAAGGAAUUCACCUUCAGAAGAGCCAGGAGCAGCAAACAACCAAACCACACUACAAGAAAAGCGGCUGCAUAGAGUCCGUACAGAAGAGCUCAGCAGUGGUGCGGCCCAAAGACUCGGCAGCUCCCCUCAGCAUGAGGGACAUUGAGGUCACAAUGGAGGAGAGUAGGUCCUCUGUCCAGGAGGAGAUGCCGUUCUUUGAUCAGGCCGGCUGCUCCUACCAGCAGAUCAGCUGUCUGGACAGUGUUGUCAGGUACUUGGAGAGCUGUAAUGUUCCCAUCACCAUGAAAAGGAAGUGCCAGUCUUCCUCUAACACCACGUCAUCUAACUCAGAUGACGGCAAGCAGAAGGGAUCUGACAGCAUGCAGGCGUCUGAAGAACCAGCCCUGUUGAAGGAUCAGUCUGGUCUCUCCGCUUUGGAUGUUCGAGACAAAAAGUCCAGUGACGCUGCCACAGCGGUAGUGGGCACCUCGCUGCCCCUACCUGUACCUAACAAACCAGAAAGCGUGGUGUCCAUAACCAGCCAGUGUAGCUACAGUAGCACCAUAGUGCAUGUUGGGGACAAGAAACCUCAGCCCGAGUCAGAGAUCAUAGAGGAUGUCCCGGGGACAGGAGAGACGGUAGAGUCCGUCCAGAACAUCUGGGCUCCUCCACUUCCUGCUGUUUCCCCUCCCUGUCAGGAGAGGGAGUCCUACAAGAAGCUGGGCUUGACCAAGCAGGUUCUGGCAGCCCAUACGCAGAAGGAGGAGCAGGCCUUUCUGUAUCGCUUCAAGGAGCAUCGCGGACUCACAGCACUCAGAGCAAACUGCUCUCAAUACCUGGAGCGCCAGAGAGGACAGAUGGCUAGUGAUUCUGCACCAGCUGCUCGCUCUCUCAAGCCGGGUGCCGAGCCCACAACGCGGAGGGGCACACGUAUUAAGAGGAGCAAGUCAAAGAGAGCGAAGCAGAUCGAGUCCUCGGACAGCACAGUGUCUCGUCACGGGCGACAGCAGCUGCGGCCUCCUCGUCUUAACCACGGACUCAACCCGACCUCUUGGUCUCCCUCUGAAACAUCGCAGUCAACUUUCCCCAUGGCCUACCCCUCCAUGAUGCCUGGCUAUCCCCUCCAGGUUUACCCCAGAGACAGCUCAGCAGCUACCCACACACACGCCACUCUACAAGGCUGUAGGGAGAAUCAGGUCCCCCAGGCUCCACCCUGUCCGUCGUCCAUCCAUGCGCCUCCCUACACCGCCCCAAUGGUCACCGCCCCCAUGGUCACUGCCCCCAUGGUCACCACACCCAUGGUCACCCCUAUAGUGGCUCUAAUGCUGCCCAAUUAUGUGUACCCUCCAGUGGCCACUGGACUGCCACCCCCACAGCCAGUGUUCCACACAGACGCUGGUGGCUUCCCCACCCAAACACAGCCUUUUUGUCAGGCUGCCUUCCCAGUCCAGGUCCCCUUCACAGCUCCUCCCUCCUUCAGUGUUCCGAACCAGUUCACUCCUCAGGCCGGCUAUCUGACCCCGUCGUUCUUCUUCCCCCCGUCCUCGGAAACCCCAAAGGCCCAAAUGGAGGGCCAGUCACGCUCCUCUACGCCGCAGUCUGGAGGAGUCGGAGACCCAGCAUCCCCACCCCUGUUCCAGUCUCGCUGCAGCUCACCCCUCAACCUGCUAGAGCUGGAGCUGUCGGUGGACAGGCAGGACAGCACAGCGCUCUCCUGUGGAGGACAAGGGAAUAAUACAACAGAAAGGGAGAAAGGAGCAAGUGGCAGCCAGGCCAAAGAGAGGGAUUUGAAGCAGCCAUCUCUCAGUGUCCUUGGUCCACCAGGACCCUUGUAUUGCGAGGGCACGUCCUGUGUCUGUGAGCGUUUGUCUUGGGAUAAAGUGUUCUCUAGGCUGAGGGCUUGCAGCAAAGAGGCGAGUUCACGCGGCGACGGCAACAACAGCGACGUCAACUCUUUGUCCAGCGACAUGUUGGACAUUAUCCUCCAUGAGGACUCCUGCUCAGGCACUGGCUCAGCCACAUCAGGGUCCAUGGGCUCAGGGUCCAAUGGCUGUGGGACUUCAGCGAGUGGGACGUCCAACAGCGGGACAUCUCAGAGCAGGACGUCAGGCAGCAGAGGCUCGGCCAGCGGGACCUCCGGCAGUGGAACAGGAAGCAACAACAGUAGCAAUUACUUUGGCAGUGUAGACUCAUCCCAGAACAGUCAGAAGGUCAACGGUCACAGCGAGGGGAGGCCGAUGGAGAUGGAGCGGAGCGACCACUACAUCAAUGACAUCCAGAGAGUGCUGCAAGAGGACAGAGAGAAGCUGAGACUGCUGCACAAGAGCCAGCCACGAUUCUCAGAGGAACAGAAGAAGGAGCUGUUUGAGGUGCACCCCUGGAUGAAGAAGGGGCGACUUCCAAAGGCAAUAGAUGUCAAGGUGUGCACCUGCUGUGACGGCGCCUCAGAGGCGGCAGCAGUGGCAGCUGUGGUGGAGGCGGCGGAGGAUCAGCCUGACCUGGACAUCGCUGACACAGACACGGAGGAGGUCGGCUGCCAGCAGAGGCCCGGGGAGGAACCCACGAACACUGUUGUCAUUUCCUGUCACAGUCCUUCUCUUGGCACGACAAGCGAGACAAUAAACUGCUAAAGACUCUCGGCGUGACUUUCACUACCCAUCAGCCUCUUGUUGUGCACGACUGGAGAUGGACUUCAUCUUACAGACUCUUCACACUAAACUGUUCUUUACUGGCUCUGUCUUGCUGUUUUUUCUGAGUUGAGCCUGUUCAGCUGUCGGAGAAAACGGGCUCAAACAGCAAUGAUUUGCAUAGAAUGUGAAUAUCUGCAAUAUCGGAGUACCAUUUAUUUUAUUUUAAAAUGCUCAUAAGCUGCACCUUUUCCUUGUUCUAGCAGGUAGUCCUUGGCCAUAUGAUUACGUAUGUUCAUUCAUUCGUUUCUGUGUAGCGGCACAUGGGGAACGCCUAUUAUGCACUCAUUAGGAGAUGCGGAGCAGAGUGUUGUCACACAGCCAGCUGUAUGCCGGAGGUCAAACAGACAUGAACCAAUUGCACGCCAGGAAGUGGCUCGGUGGUCUAACCGUUGCAGGCAAUGAAUGAAUCGAGUUUUUUUUCGUGUGACGCAAUUUCCUCGGUUACAACAACAACAGAGGAGCGACAACAACUACGUCAGCGUGUGGUAAGAACAGGUGGAGUUAAGUUGGUUUCAGUUGCUCCUGUCAUGCAGAGCCAUCACGCACAAGUGCACUUUGUGGUCUGCAUUGGAAGAACAACAGGGGUGAGACUCCUGUUUGUCUGCUCUGCGUGACCCCGUAACUUUCUAUGGAGGACUGAAACUGCAGAAAAUCAAAUUUAAAUACAAAACCGUAUGCCAUUAAAUGCAGCCAUGAUUCAUUUCCCAGAUACAUUGAUAUAUAUUUUGAUUUGCUUCUGGAUUUAUGUACCUUUGUUUUCAUUCUGUGCAUUACGCUCCCAUUUAAAGCCAACCUAUGUUACGUUUUCACCUUAAAACAGCAGCUUCAGAAUAAUUUUGAUGAUAUAGUGUCUUAUAACAGAGUGAGUGGUGUCUCUGUCUCAGCCACUUUGCCCUCCCAUCUCUUGUUUCUGCACUCUGUAACUUCGUUGAGAGGGUCGGAUCGCAGCGUUACACACAUGUUUACUUCAACACACAAGUUGUUAACACAUAGUAUGGUUGACAUGAGUUUCAUUUGUAGUCAGCACCCACUGACAAACUGUUACAGUCCUGGGAUUUGGAUUUACGACCAUCAUGUUGCACUCAGACACUGUUGGGGGGCGUCAAAUCGGGGGGGAAAAAGACAAUUUCUGUGUAUUGCUGCUUUAAUUUAAAAAUUUUCAGAAAAUGUAGAAAUACUGAGUGGAUAUACCGUCAAUGGGAGAAAUGCAAAUAACUGCAAAUAAUACAUUGAUAAAAUGGUAAAAACAAAUGGGACAGUAAAUUCAGAAGGGAAUCAGUGAAAGGUAAAUAAAUACAGAAGCAGUUAAAACAGAAAUAUCAAUUUAGGUCACAUUUUAAAAACAUAAUUAAUGCUCUUAUUUAUAUUUAAAUGUCACUUUUGGAGCAUUAAAUGGCAUGUUUUGUAUUAUUAAGAUGUUAUUUUUUUAUUUUAUUUUUGUACUGAUUUUGGGAGUUUUGGUCCUCCGUAUGGGAUACAAUCCCCUCGAGGAAACUGAACAGAAAUGGUAAUUCUGAAGUAGGAUCUGAAGACAAUCAGGUGCAGCACACACUGUAAGCUACAUUCGCCCACCAGCCCAUCAUGCUCUCGCUCUUUGUUGUGUUUCCCUUCACGAUGCAGCACUUUUUUGUUUCCCCAUAGCAGCUGUGAAACUUUCACUUUGAUUUCACAGAUACCUCUUCUUUAAGGAAAGUAUAUUUAACGCAUUUCAACUCUUGUGCAAAUGAUUGUCCUUGACUCUUUGUUGGUCAUAUAUAUAUUUUUUUACAUAUAUAUUUUUUUUCUGUACAAAGAUUCUUGUUUUUAAGUUAUGAUGGCAAAAUUCAAGCUUCUGCAGGACCAAGAUUAUUAACAUUUAAUGUUUGUUUGCUCUUGCAAAAAAAUAAAAUGUGAGUCAUGUAAUGUAAUAUAACACAAGGACAAUUCCCACCAGUGGACUGGAAGAUGCUGGAGUGGUAUGGUGUUUAUGGUGGGGCGAUAAAAAGAUAAAGUGAGGAGAAUAUUGAUGCUCUCCCAGGUUUGAGAGUGUGCCACAUGACACUUUAAAAUGUUCUGAUGUUGGCCCCUCAUAAAUAUGGCAGAGGAGCAUCCUGUGGAAGUCACUGUCCAGAACAAACAUGUGGCCCAACUUCAGAAGUCAAGGUUUAGGGUUAUUGCACGGGUGUAAAGCAGCUCAGACAGAUGUCAAGUGGCUGUGUUGGAGAAGCUUUCCUGCACUUUGAAGCUUAUGCUGUGAUUUGAAGAAGAAAAAAAAAAAAAAAACAGCUCUUCUUUUUGCAACUUGAACGUUUCCUGAAUUGUCAUUCGUCUUCUCUGUUGUCUGAACUGACACUGGCAAACAUUGCACCUUUUUAUUUUCAGUUUUAUUUGUAAAAAAAAAAAAAAAAAAA